UCUGUUUAAUUCUCUGACGCCUCGACACCUAAACGGCUUCUGUCUUUGCCUCACCUGAACGUCUUACAACGUCGUCUGCCAUUGAAGGCGCGCCCAUGAGACCGUUCCCUGGCUUGGAAUCAUUCAUAACCUCCCACGCGCCCAUAUACGAAGUUCCUUGCGCUUACCUGCUCUGGAUCUUGUCACCAGAUUCAAAAGCCUUGGUCUUUUCUUCACCCGGGUAGCUAGUCGCCUCCCGUUUCAGAGUUCGUCAUGGCAUACCAAGUAGAACAGUCCGUGAUGGACCAGGAGUACAAGCUGGAGGUCCGUCAACAACCUAGCUACGCCAGAGUUGCCAUUGGGAAGGAGAAAGAUCGCAAACCAAUCGACCCCCCUCCCAUCGUGCAACUAAAAGUCAGCCCCAAGAAGGACCCCAUGCAAAACUUCCUGCAGAAUCCCUACUUGAUAAUGUCCUGUCAACUCAUCAAGGCCGAGGACGAGAAGGAUCCACAGCCAACAACAAACGCGCUUCUUGGGACCAUUGUAUCAUCGCUCUACAGUUUGAAGGAUACCGACAACAGCCUAGGGGGCUUCUUCGUCUUCGGCGACUUGUCUGUCAAGUGUGAGGGCCAGUACAGGCUCGAAUUCACCCUCUUCGAGCUCAGGCUUGUGGAAAAGGAGUGCUACCUUCUGGCGACGACCCGAUCCGACACCUUCACUGUCUACCCGCAAAAGUUCUUCCCAGGAAUGGCCGAGUCUACCUUCUUGACAAGGUCUUUCAGCGACCAGGGCGUCCGUCUCCGGUUACGCAAGGACUCGCGCAGCAUCACAACACGGAAGCGAAACAGCACCGUUGCUGAUUUCGCACGUCAGUACUCGCGGCACGACCAGGACCCGCAGAACCACCGAGAUCACCCAUCCCGAUCGAGCAGCAUCAACGAGGUUGCUGCCCCGUCAACACCACUUGAUCGUUCCAGGGGCAUGGCACCACAGGGAGGGGCCUACUUUGACAACUCCCAGCAGCUCAGAGAGUACGCGGUUGGGCCGACGAGCAACUAUCCGACAUACGGGGGCUACGAGGACCGGCCCAACAAGCGCCAACGCAUGACUGACCACAGUAGCGGUCAGGGCUACGACCACCACGACUACACGGCCUAUCAAGCAGGCCCCCGAACUGUCCCGGAUCUUCCUACAACUUCCAUGCUGCCCUACACAACCGGCUAUGCUGUGACAAGCCACGCGGCGGCAGUUGGUUUGCCCAUGCCCAACCCUUACUCGCACCCCGUCAUGCCACCUCGGCUAGACACCCAGAUGCCCCCCUCGGCUGGUCCAAGCUCGGCGACAUCGACUUUCUCUCCCGGGACAAGAAGGUCACCGGGCCAAAGUCAAAACUAUCCAUACCCACCGCAACAGAUGUACCAGUCACCGUCGACGACACUCCACUAUCCCUCACAACCUCCUCCGGGGCCGCAAAACGGGCUCGGUAUAGGGCUCGACCUUGACGCCGUCGAGAAGCACAUGCAGCACAGCCAGAACAACGGCACCGGGCUCUAGCAGGGUCCGGGCCGGAAUCUAGCUGGCAAGCUUUUCUUCUCCACGUCAGCAGAACCGCUGCGUUGGCACCUGGGCCCGGCCCACUACUACUCCACCGCUGCUGCUGCCCACUUGGACAGCAGACGAGGCGCCUGCGCCCGUUUUCCGUACCGUUUAAUCA